AUGCGGAGUGCACCUCGUUGGGCGCUUUGCCUGCUUCUCGGCCUCCUGGCCAGUGCCGCUGCGGGCGCGCAGGGGCCGGGGGAAGCCUUGUCCCGCAGCGAAGUGAACCUCACCUUCGACGGCGAGUGGACGGCCGCCUCCGUGCAGACCGUGGAGUUCAGUGCCGCCGUCCAGAGCGACGUCGGCGUCGCCCUCGGCAUUCAACGCGCCGCCGCGUGGUUUGACGCCGACCCCGCCGUCGCCGUCGACCCCGGCGCCGUCGUUGUGAAUUUUGUUGUCUGGAGCGACCCCGGCACCGUGGCGAACCGCCUGCUGCAGAAUGCCGCAUGGGCGGCGACACAGGCGUACUACACGACGGCCACUACGAAAAGUCCGGCAUCGCCGUUUGUGACCAGCGCCCUUCGCGCGGAGGAAGUCACGCUGCAUUUUACCGGGGCCGGCUGGGGCAACGCCACGGCCAUGCCAGACGCGGAGCUCUCAGCGGAGGUCGUUAGUGACGUGGAUGCGGUGACGGAUGUGACGGGCACACCGUCGGCGCUAAAGGCGGUUUUGGUCGGCGGCGUGGAUCGCACGAAUGGGGUGAGCUUCAACCUUGAGGUUUACUCCGCCGGGAUUCAGAACAUCACCAGCCUGCUUUCUUCCGCGUCCACGUACGCGUCUCUGUUGAAUUACUACAAGACGAAUACAAACCUGGACGACGGCGCACUGGGCGGCGUCAGCCGAACCCCGGCGUCCCCCGCGGUGGAGGAGUACCGCACGCAGCUGCAAAUGGUUUUUAGCGGAUCCUGGCAGCUGGUUUUGCUGGCAAAUGAGACCGAGGUGGCGUUAACGCUGCGGUUCAUCCUUGCAGCGGCGCUGAACGUGGAUCCUGCCCUGGUUGUCGUCGGCAUUAUCGGCACAACUGCCUAUCCGUUUAAUCUGAAUGCCACGGUGUAUGUGGUGCAUCUGUUUGACUUCGACGCCGGAAACAUUCCGGCAGCGGCGGCCGCAGCGGAAUAUGCGGCAUUGGUGAGUCUCUACAUGGCAAGUGGAGGGGAUCCGAGCGUCAUCCCUGUCUUGCUGGCCGCGGAAAUCGUUGUGGCCAAGCCGCAAACGGGCAUGUCCGCCGUCCCGCUCAUCUCUACGCACAACAUUGUGGUGUCGGGCACCCGCUGGCAGAUCGUACUCCCCGCGGUGGGGGAGGCCGUGUUAGAUGAGGCGCUUGCAGCGGAUCUUGCAGGUCUUGUCCCGUAUGGUCCAACCCUUGUGACGGUUCUGCGAGACGCGGUUAGUGCGGACGGCGGGCUGAACUCCCGGGUGAUGGUGACGCAGCAAGGGGACGUGCAUAUUAUUCCCUAUGCGCUGGAUGCCUUCUUUACGCUGGCGCCGUCUCUGCCCAACACCGCGCAGCUUUACGACGCCAGCUCCAAAAGCAGGGUGGUUGAAUCCAUCAAAGUCGUCUCUGCCUCCGAGGUGCAGGCAGGCGAGGGCAGCACGUGCACGCCGCGUUGCGUGGGCGUCUCCGUCAUGGGCGGGUGCCUCCUGGCCCUCACCAUCGUCGCCAUGGUCGGCUUCUGCGUGUGGCGCGUCUUUGCACGCUACGUCACCCCGAAGCGAAUUAACAGCGACUUGGUCCGAAUCCCCGCGGAGCAAAAUCCGUUUGUCGCCACCGUCUCAAUGCGUGGCUUGAGCAGCGCCUCUCUGAGUUCCGCGGCCAACUUCGCGGGCGGGGCGCUGGGCCCAAUGUACCCGCCAUCCACCGCGGAGGUGGCGCCCUUCGGCCCGCGGCUGCCCACCUCCACGGCGGCCGCGCCGGAGUCCCGCAUGACGUCAUACGUGGCGCCGGCGCCCAGCUCGUCUGUGGUGCGGCAGAGCAACAUCAUCAUCCCCAGCGCCGCCGGCGAGAAGGAGUUCGAAAUCAUUGUGAUACCUCGCGCCGAGUAUGAGCGAAGCCACAGCCCGCAACUGUAA